AAAAGCUACAUAAUUUAAUCACACUUUCUGGUCCUUCCCGCUUUCUCUUUUAUCUUCUCAAUUCUCAGUUACCUUCUUCAUUCAUUUUCUACUCACAACUGAAAAUGGCUAAGAAUACUAUGAUGCGUGCUGUUCAAUAUAACACUUAUGGCGGAGGCGCCGCUGCUUUGAAACAUGUUGAACUUCAAGUUCCUUCUCCAAAACAAGAUGAAGUUUUACUAAAAAUGGAGGCAACUAGUAUAAAUCCAUUUGACUUGAGAAUACAGAAAGGGAUAGUGUGGCCAUUUUUGCCUCGCAAAUUCCCCCACAUACCUGGUAUUGAUGCAGCAGGAGAAGUCUUUGAGGUCGGAUCAGGAGUCAAGAAUUUCAAAGCUGGCGAUAAAGUUGUGGCCGUGCUUUUCAACAUAUGUGGAGGUGGACUGGCUGAAUUUGCUGUGGCGAAGGAGAAUUUGACAGUUUCAAGGCCUCCAGAGGUAACGGCUUUUCAGGGAGCAGCUUUACCGAUCGCCGGCCUCGCAGCUCACGAGUGUCUCCUCCGUACUCCCGGGUUCAACUACGAAAAAACCGGCCAGCAACUAAACCUCCUGAUUACUGCCGCAUCGGGCGGCGUAGGUCAAUAUGCAGUUCAACUAGCAAAGCUCGGAAACGCACACGUGACAGCCACUUGUGGCGCACGUAAUCUUGAUUUAGUCAAGAGCCUCGGAGCAGACGAGGUUAUCGACUACAAGACCCCUGACGGGGCAGCUCUCAAAAGCCCUUCCGGCCGCAAAUACGACGCUGUAAUCCACUGCGCAACUGGCUUUCCUUGGUCCACUUUCAAGCCCAAUUUGAGCACAAACGGCAAAGUAUUCGACAUUACUCCUACUCCUAGUGUUUUCAUGACUAACGCUUUACAAAAGCUUACCUUUUCAAAGAAACAAUUAGUUCCAUUGCUUAUGACACCUAAGAAAGAGAAACUCGAUUUUCUUCUUAAUUUCGUGAAAGAAGGGAAGAUUAAAGCCGUAGUCGACUCUAUACAUCCCUUAAGUAAGGCCGAAGAAGCAUGGGCUAAAAGCAUUGAUGGCCAUGCCACUGGUAAGAUCAUUGUAGAACCUUAAGUUUAUGGAGAUCUCAAUUCAUUAUUUAAUACAGGUGGUUUCAAUGCAAUAAAAAUGAUGACAUUUGAGUUUCAUCAUGAUGUAAAUGAUAGCUAUGUAUAAUUAGGAUUUAUGAAUUUUGUUUUAAUGCAAUAAAUUUGAUUUUUCUCUAAA